AUGGAUACUAUGAAAAAAAUCUGGCAACCAAAGCAUGGGAUGGAGGCUCGGAAGUUAGACGAAAAUCUGUUUUCUUUCCAACUGUGUCAUUGGCGGGAUAAAACGAGAAUCCUGGAGGGCCAGCCAUGGCAUUUUGACAAAAAAGCUUUGUGUCUGAGUGACAUACAAGAGGAUGGUAAGCCUUCUGAAAUCCAACUAAGUUCUUUGCCACUAUGGGUUAGGUUUUAUAACCUUCCUUUCAAAGGGCGAGACAAUGAUUUGAACGUGAAAAUGCUUGCUAGUAAAAUAGGAGUUUUGAUGCAAAUUGAUAAGAAUGAUUUAGUGGACAUAGAUAGAUCCGUUAGGGUUCGUGUUCUUGUUAAUAUUAAGAACCCAUUAAAAAAAACUGUCAAAUUAAAGAUGAGAGGAGGGGAAGUUCUGCCAAUAACCGUGAAGUAUGAACGACUCCCCUUGUUCUGUGGCAUCUGUGGUCGACUUGAUCAUGGGGAUAGUGAUUGUGAGGAGAAUGGUGGGGAUCACACCCCAGAAAAACGUUUUGACGUUACCAUCAGGGCGUCACCAUGGAAGGGGGCUUCUGGAGGGGGACAUUCGGGUCAUGAAGUCAAAAAAGAGGUAGCCAAGAAGCUGUUUGUAACAAUGCCUCGGGAGAUGAUGGAAAAGCAGCGAAAAGCUAAUGAAGACAUGGAGAAAGUGAGGGGUCAGGUGGGACUAGUGAUGCAAAAGCUGAGUGGAUGUGACCUUCAAGAUAAUAAUAAGGAUGCUCAGGGCCUAGGGGAGGCUCGGGAUACACAACUGCUGAUAGGAGGGGAGGAUUAUCAUGGCGAAGAAAUGGGUAGUCAAUGCAAAACCCAGAUAGAGAAGCAGGGCAGCAAGGAGGCAGAGGGCUUGACCGAGAGUUUUGAUGGAGGAGAUAUAAUUAUGGGUGACCACAUCAAGAAGCGAGGAUGGAAAAGGAUUACUAAGAAGAGUGAGAAGGAGGAGAAAAAUGGAGAUAUUGUGGUGGGCAACCGUAGGAAAGAACGAGAGGGUGAAGAUAAAUAUAUAGAUGAGGUGGUUUUAAACUCAAAGAAAGCCAAGAAGUGUGAAGGAUUAUCUCAUCAUGAGGGUGAGAAGGACCAGAGAACUGUAGAUGUGGCGAGCCCCACCCUAUGGGCUCUAGGUGGCUAA